CUGACGUUUCUGUUUACCUGUGAAAGUGUGAAGUGUGAACUUUGCCUGAAGCGGGCAAGAAUUGAAAUGCGUGUUGACAUUUGUGACAUGUUAUCCCAAUGUUGUGAUGGGUUAUACGACGUAUGUUGUAGCUUGUUUGUUGGCUAUUGUUCCACUGAUUGGGGAUUUUGUGGUUAAUGCAAGUGACAACCGAUUAGCCAAGUCAUUAUCAGACAAUUUAACUCAUGGAGUAAUUGGUUUUUUAACAUGGUUGUUGGUGUGCGUUCAUUAUGCACACGUAUCAGCCUACGUUUUAUUAGCUGAGUCUGCUGCUUGUUGUUUGGCAGUGUGGGGCGGCGAAGAAGUUGCAGCUUCUGCAAUUGAUGUUGAUCAUUUUGUAGCAGCAAGAUCCGUGUAUCUUGAGAAUGCUUUACAAUUGAAGUCUCGUCCAUUCCUGCACUGCACAUCAAUACCAUUAUUAGUUUUUGGAAUAGGAGUAGUUGUUGGUUAUGUACUGAAAUACUCUAUGAUGAAAAGAUAUUCAUGGUUACUUAUUGCAGCAUUACUCAGUCAUCACAUUAGAGAUUCUACUAGACGGGGCUUGUGGCUUUGGCCCUGUGGUACAACUUACCCAUUACCAUAUUAUUUAUAUGUAAUUAUUACUGUACUGAUACCAUUCUUAAUUGUAGCUGGAAUGAAACUGACAGAUACCACUUACAAUUAUGAUACAAUAAGUGUAUAGUACUGGUUAUCAAGUUCUAGAAGAGAUUUGUUACUCUGUUUUAAAACUUUGAUAUCAAUACUAAUGUCCAGAAUUGCAAACAUCACUGCCAAAUUGUCGUCUUCUAUCUCUGACUCUGCGUUAUUGUUGUAACUUUCAUACUUUCUCUGAAAUACUGGGAUUUAGAUAAGAAUAUGCACUAUCAUCAUUAUUGUGUAAAAAAAAGUGAGUAGUGUGUUGAAAUAUAUAUUUUGCUUUAUAGUUUAGUUUCCUGAACUUUGGAAUGAGUAGAUCUGAAUUCCUAAAAUUAGUACUAAUACAGUAAAAAUAAAUUUGAGAACUAUUUACUUGUGGGGAAACAGCCCUGGUGGGUGUUGUUGCCUAAACUGUAUACAUGGAAAGCUUACAUAUAUGUUUGGUCUUCUUUCGUCUGUCCUUUAUUAGAAGUGCCCAAAGUAUGUAAGUAAAUAUUUUCUUAGAACUUUACUUUAUGCCUAACUUAGAUCAGGAUAAAUGAUAGAUUCUCUUUUAUGAUACUCUCAAAGAGGAAAGAUGAUAGUGCAGUUUGAGAAGUUUGCUUUGCCAAAGGGUAUAAAGAAGUAUUCACUCUUUCACAUUCACUAUCCUUGGAACAGUAUGACUAGAUUCCAUCCAUGAGUCAUUCUGGGUCCCCAAAGUUAUCAUUAAGCACUAAAGUGCCAGUGCCACUAAAUGCUAUACCAACUACACGUGUCAAUGUGUGUGCUGUGAUGACUGCACAUGAUGCUUCAAUGCUCUCUUGUAGAACCUUCACUGUAGUUUGCAGUUGUUAAGAAAUUUCAGACAUGAUCUUCCAUUGUUAGAAAUGUGGAUGUGAGGCCUGUAGUGUGUGGCAGGCAAAAGGCAUUUUUUAUCUAUCCAUUGAUGUGAGUCAAUGUUAGCAGUGUGCAUCAUUAUCAUCAUCAUCUUGUUAUAGAUAAAAUUUCUCGUCUCCUAAAAGUGAUGGAAUAAUGGAGAAAAAUCAAUAUUUGGAGCAUAUUAAGAUACACCUCACCAGUUACAGUACAUUUAAACAACUGGUCAAUGAAACCAUGUGAUGAUGAACAACAUAGUGAUCCCCUGUCAGAUGCACUUCAAUACCCACAAGAAUGUGUGUGUCUACAAGAUCAGAGAUCACAUAUUUAUGAUAGUUUACACCUCAUCAGACAUACCACUUUUAUUAUUUCUUUAAAACCCUUCAUCCUUGUGAUUUAGAUUUCCACACUAACCACAAUACUGAAACAUUUAGUCCAGGCUGUGCUUGUUCAUAACAGUAAGUAGUUUUGAAAUGAGCAAUUCAUUUUACACCUUUUACAGUUGGUUGUUUCUUCUGAUUGCCAUACUCCACAUUUGUGUGCAUGCUGAUUCACAGAUUUUUCAGUGUUUGUGUAAAUUGGUGGAAUACAACACUGGUAGCUGAAUUUAGUUCUUUUGUUUUCUCCUGUAUCUUCACUUAUUCACAUCAGUAACAGGACUAUUAGCUUCAAAUUUAUUCCAAAUGUAGGUAAUUAUUUGAACAGGUGGAUGACGGAUGACUAAAAAUUUUGGUAUUUCAGUUGCAUUUAUUUAUUUUCAGACUCCCAGUAGCACUUCAGCACAGCCUUGUGGUAAUCAAUUUAAAACCUUAUUUAGCCAUUCUUGUUCCAAUGUCGCCUUCUCACAAUGUGAAUGUAAGUCGUGACACACACCAUUGAUUGGAAAAGAACUGAACUAUAUUUCCAUGCAGGAGUCAUACUCCAUUUGAAUCUAAUUCAAAUAAGCUAAUUAUUAGAGAAUUAGUUCAGGUUCUUUUUCAUUAAGAAAUACUGUCUGAAUCCUCUGCUCUAUAAUGCAAAGUUAAUAUACCUAGAAAGAAAUUGCUAAGAGGACACUAUAACAUUCCAACAUAUUGAUUUCCAACAUUAUCGGAUUAUGCACAGCACAUUCCUAACUACCCCUGAUGCUCCUUUGAUUGUACAGAAAUGA